AUGAGCUCCUACUUUGUCAACCCGCUGUACGCCAAGUACAAGGCGGCGGCGGCUGCGGCGGCGGCGGGCGAGCCCCUGGGCCCCGCGUACUACGACUGCCCCUUUGCGCCCGAGCUGAGCGGCCGCCACGCCGCCGCCCUGCUCUACGGGACCAGCGCGGCCGCGGCGGGCUUCCAGCCGCACCCCGGGCCCGGCGGCGGGGGCCCAGACUAUUACCUGCCGGCCGGGGGGAGCCCCGCGGCUGCCUACCAGCCGCCUCCUCCCCCCGCGCCCGCGCCGCCUCCUCCUGCCCCCUGCGGCGGGAUUACCUGUCACGGGGAGCCCGCGAAAUUUUACGGAUACGAUAAUUUACAGAGACAGCAGCUUUUUACGACCCAGCAAGAGGCCGAGCUGGUACAAUAUCCUGACUGUAAAUCGUCCAGUGCUAAUAUUGGCGAGGAACCAGACCACUUAAAUCAGAGCUCGUCUCCCGCUCCAAUGUUCCCCUGGAUGAGACCGCAAGCAGCGCCUGGUAGGAGGAGAGGAAGACAAACAUACAGUCGUUUCCAGACGCUAGAGCUGGAAAAGGAAUUUCUGUUUAACCCUUAUCUGACACGGAAGAGAAGGAUUGAGGUAUCCCACGCGCUAGGACUCACCGAGAGGCAGGUAAAGAUCUGGUUUCAGAACAGGAGGAUGAAAUGGAAAAAAGAAAACAACAAGGACAAAUUCCCAGCUUCCAGGCAGGAGGGAAAGGAAGGGGAGGCCAAAAAGGAAGCACAUGAUCUGGAAGAAGACAGAGCUGAAGGCCAGACGAAUUAAGUUUGGCUUUUAAACAUUAAUAAAAGAUUAUUGGAAAUAACGAUCCACAUAUGCUGGGAAACACGGUCGGUUUUCUUUGUUGCAAAGGUCCUUACGUGUGUUUCAAAUUAUCCUAUGUCAUUGGCUUGACGUUUCUGAGCUUUGUGUUUUGUGGUUUUGUUUUUACUGUAUCAGGCACAAUCUCUAGCUCACAUAUUCUUAUUUACAUGGAAAUUUGAUACCGAAUUUGUAGCAAUAUAUUUUUAUUGUAAUUUUCCAAUGUUUAAAAGAUGGUGAUUACUGUCAACGACAUAAACUUCCUAAUGAUAAGUACCAAUAAGCGAGACAUAAAAUGCUUUAUUAAUCGGAACAAGUGCAC